AAAAAUUGUCUAAAAAGCCUUUAAAAUGACUGAAUUACUGCUUUCAUCUUUCUUAAAUGAUUCAGUAUAUUCAUUUCCUGUAAAGGGACUAUUGCCUAAAGAUGAAACAGAAUCUUUACAAUUUAUUAAGAAAUACCCGGAAUAUGAUGGGAGAGGAGUAACAGUAGCAGUUUUAGAUACAGGAGUUGAUCCGUCAGCUCCAGGGAUGCAGAAAACAACAGAUGGAAAGACAAAAAUUGUAAAUUUGAUUGAUUGUUCGGGAUCAGGAGAUGUGGAUGUUACUACUGUUGCAGAAGUAUUUGAAGAGGAUGAGGUUCUUAAAACAAAAGGAUUAUCGGGAAGAACGUUAAAAAUAUCUAAAGAAUGGAAAAAUCGAGAUGGGAAAUGGUUUCUUGGCAUUAAAAGAGGCUAUGAAUUUUUCCCAGAGUCAUUAGUUACUCGAUUAAAAAAGAAACGGCUUGAAACAUUUAAUCAACAACAUACAGCUCUUUUAGCACAUGUACAACAUCAUAUUAAUUUGUUUAAAGAGGAGCAUAAGGACGAAAGUAAGCUUUUAAAGGAAGAAAUGGAUUUAAAACAGGAUCUUGAAGCACAAUAUGAUGUUUUAAAAGAUAUGAUGUGUAAUUAUGAUGAUCCGGGCCCUGUUUUUGAUUGUCUUGUUUGGCAUGAUGGCAAAAAUUGGCGUGCAGUUAUUGAUACAGAUGAAGAUGGAGAUUUAACUCAUAAAAAACCUAUGUGUGAUUAUCAUAUUGAACAUCAUUAUGAAUAUUUUUCUAAACAAGAUAUGCUCUGUUAUUCUGUUAAUAUUUAUGAUAAUGGUUCUGUUUUGAGCCUUGUAACAUUAUGUGGAUCACAUGGGACUCAUGUUUCUGGAAUUAUUGGGGCAAACCAUCUUGAUGAUCCAGAUUUAAAUGGAGUAGCACCAGGAGUUCAAAUUGUUUCUUUAAAAAUUGGGGAUACACGCCUUGGAUCUAUGGAAACAAAUCACUCACUUCUUCGAGCUGCUAUUGCUAUGGUUAAUCUCGGUGUUGAUAUUGCUAAUAUGUCUUAUGGAGAAAGCACAGGAAUAAAUGACGCGGGCAUAUUCAUUGACUUUUUGCGGAAAAUUAUAAUUGGGAAAAAAGAUAUAAUAUUUGUUUCUAGUGCAGGUAACAGCGGUCCAGCCUUAAGUACAGUUGGUGCACCAGGAGGAACAACUUCUGGUGUGAUUUCUGUUGGUGCAUAUGUGACUGCAUCUAUGAUAAAAGCAGAAUAUUCUAUUUUUGAAAAUGUCCCAGAAGGAAAAUAUACAUGGUCUAGUAACGGGCCAUGUACAAAUGGGGCAAAAGGUCUUACAAUUUAUGCACCUGGCGCUGCCAUAACAUCUGUUCCUACAUAUGUUCUUUCACGUAGUCAGUUGAUGAAUGGAACAAGUAUGUCAUCUCCUUCUGCUUGCGGGGGGAUUUCCUUGAUCCUUUCUGCAUUGAAAGCACAAAAAAUAAAAUACACUCCACCAAGGAUUUACAAGGCAAUCGAAAAUGCUUCGAAAAAUGUUUGUGAUAUUAUGAAUGUUGGAUUUUUACAAGUUGAAAAAUCUUAUGACUAUUUUAUUCAAUAUAUAAACUUUUUGGAUCAAGAUUUUGAUUUCGAAAUAAUAGUUAAUAAUUCAUCUUUUAAUGGUAAAGGAAUAUAUUUACGCGAAUUUGAAGAGACAAAUCAUCUUCAUCAAAUAACAGUAGAGGUUAAACCAACACUUAAAGAUGAAGAGAUACUAGAAAAAAAUACAUUGGAGCUACGGCUAGUAUUGCUUUCGUCAAAACCCUGGGUUAAAGUUCCAAACUAUCUUUUAUUAAAUGCAACAGGAAGAGUUUUUGAUGUCCAAGUGGACCCAGUUGUACUUUCAUCUGGAUUUCAUUAUGCUGAAAUUAUUGCAUAUGAUACUAUUGUUCCUAAAAGAAAAAUAUUUACUAUUCCUGUUUCAGUUUGUAAACCUGAACUUAUUUUGAAGUCCCUUAUAUCUUGGAAAAAUAUAUUAUUGGCUUCUGGAUAUAUAGAAAGAAAAUUUAUUCGCGUUCCUGACACAUCCAAUUGGGCUGAACUUCGAGUACGAACUAAAAAAAUUGAUACUUGUAUAAAAAUUUUUAUACAUUUUACUCAAUUAGUUCAAAAUUUGCGAUUAAAAGAUACUGAACAUAAAUUUUUUUUGAAAUUACAUCAAAAUGAAUUAAUAUUGAAGCAAUUUGUAGUAAUUCCUGGUACUACAAUGGAAGUUUGUUUUGCAAAUUUUUGGUCAUCAAUUGCUUCUGGAGAAAUAGACGUUGAAUUAGAAUUUCACGGUUUAAAGUUAAGUUCUAAUAAAGUUAAUUUAAUGUUUUCGGAAAAUUCUCAGAGUAUAAAACGGAUAGAAGUAAUUAACACUUUAGCACCUGAAAUAUUUGAACCUACUUUGAAAUUAAAUUCUCUCAGAAGAACAUUCUAUCCUUCUUUUAGCUCUAUACGACCAUUAGGAGAACGUGAUGUUUUUCCAGAUUCAAAAACAUUAUUUGAAAUGAUUCUUACAUAUUCUUUAAAAUUUUUAGAGAAUACUGAAGUUACUUUUUUUUUGCCACUCUCAAGUUCUUUAUAUGAUUCCUCAUUUUGUAUGUUGACUGCUCUUUUCAAUAGAAAUAAAAGACUUCUUCACUUUGGGGAGACGGAACCAAUCAAAACCAAAUUGAAAGCUGGGGAAUAUGUUUAUAGAGUACAGUUGGUACAUGAUUCUAUUUUAAUAUUAGAGAAAGUCAAAAAUAUGACAUUAUCAGUUAUUCAAUCUUUAGGUGAUUCAAAAGAAUUAUCGUUGAAUAUUUUUAAUGAUCAUAUUGAUGCUUUUAAUAAAGAAAAAUCCCAAGACUUUAAUAUGAAAUUACAGCAAGGGGAUCGUAAAAGUGUUGUUAUAAGUACAUUUAUUGAUCCAAAACAGCUUCCAAAGGAUGCUAAAAAUGGAGAUAAACUAAUAGGUCAAUUGCAUCUUGAAGAUAAAACGAGAAAUGUUAAAAAAGCUGGAUACGAUGUUGAAAUCUCUUUAAUAUUGGAACCAAAGGAAUCAGUUCCAUCAAAAGAUGAAUCAAUUAUUGAUUUUCAAGUUCAAGUAUUAAACAAAAUUAAAGAUAAUGAGGAAAAGAAAAAGUUCUUAGAUGAUCUUCUUAGACUUUAUCCUAAUGAGCUUUCUGUAUUGAAUGCAAGAUUAGAAACUAUAUUAAAAUUUGCAUCUGAUGAAGAGAUUAUUGAUGCUGCUAAUGCUAUUUUUGCUUAUGUUGAUUUUGAAAAGAUUGCAGAAUAUAUUAGGUCUGAACAGUUUUCUAAUAUAAAUCUUUCAAAUGAUCAGAAAAAAGAAAAAGAGAAAUGGGAGCGACAAAAAUCUGUUUUGGUUAAAGCAUUACAAGAAAAAGCUAAAAUUCUUGGUAGAACUUCUGAUGGAAUACUUACCAAAGAAUUUGACGAUGCAUUUGAAGAAUGUAGAAAAUGGAUGGAAUUUCCUGGAAAGGAUUAUGAUUUUUUUCUUUUACAAGUCAGACGUUUCAUUGCUCGUAAGCAUUAUGGUCUGGCAUUACAGCUUAUUUUAAAAUUAGAAUCUGAUUCUUCUUAUGAUCUUAAUGAAUCUGAAAUAGCUAAAGUUUACGAGCUGAAAAUAGAUAUUUUGAAAACGUUAGAUUGGUCUAUAUGGGUAACGUAUCAAGAGAAAUGGAAACUUAUACUUAAUCCUCCGAAAGGAUACAUAUUAUUUUAA